UGUUCGUUCGCGAGUGUGUGGGGUACGCGACGACGAAGACUAUUUAUUUAUAGUCUACACUUCUGCCAAAACGUCACACAUUAUAAUAUUCUGUAUUAUUAGCCAGUGAGUAAAAGAACGAGAGCGCAGUCGUCACGUGUUUGCGAAAUCGGCUGCAUCGUAGUUGCAACAACUUUCUAAGCUGCACAAAUGCCUUGAUUCAGCAACUUGAAUCUCGUUCUCUCUCUCUCUUUCUCUCUCUCUCUCUCUUUCUCUCUCUCUCUCUCUUUCUCUCUCUCUUUCCCUCUCUUCCUCUGUCCCUCUCUUCUGUUUCUCAAUCUCUCCGACAAAGUUUUCAUCAGUUUCCAGCACAUAGUACUUUACGUAUAAUCAUCCCCGAAGAUGUCCAAGUCGGAUGGACCGAAAGUCGUCACGGCCCUAUUUUCUUUCAAAGGAAAGAACAAUGAUGAGCUGUGUUUUAAGAAAGGUGAUAUCAUAACAAUAACACAGUUGGAUGAUGGUGGCUGGUGGGAAGGAACGCUCAAUGAGAAAACUGGCUGGUUUCCAUCUAAUUAUGUCAAGGAGUUGAAAGCUCCAGGUACACCAUUAAGAUUCAGCUUAAGUGAAUCAGACUCUGCUUCCACGAUAUCUGCCAAAUUAUCACCAGAGAAAAGUUCACCAGAUUCUCCAAUUCAUCAAACCAUGAAUCGUGAUAUAGUUUUAAAAAAUAUCGUAGAUUCUGAGCGUGCGAACGUUGCGGAACUACAAGGAUUAGUUAACAAUUUUCUUCAACCAUUGGAAACAGCCAAUAUACUUAAGAAAGAAGAGUACAAACAAUUAAUUGGAAAUAUCCAUGAAGUAUUAGAAGCUCAUCAGCGCCUUUUAGUCAAUUUAGACAGUGUAUUACCUCAAGGACCAGAAGCUAGAGUGGGAAAUAUUUUUCUUACGUCAGCUCCAAAACUUAAAAGUAUCCAUACAUCUUACUGCAAUUGCCAUCCACAAGCAGUUUGUAUAUUGGAUCGAUACCGCGAUGAAUUAAAUGAAUUUAUGGAACGAAGUGGUGCUAUAACGCCUGGAAUUUUAGUAUUAACUACAGGUCUCAGUAAACCUUUUAGAAGACUGGAUAAGUAUUCUGCAAUGCUGCAAGAGUUAGAGCGGCAUACAGAAAAGAAUCACUCUGAUAGAGGAGAUACUCAACGUAGUGUUAGUGUGUACAGAGAAAUAGCGGACCGAUGUGCCGCUAUAAGAAAGCAACGAGAGCUUGCAUUACAAAUUUUAACGUGUGGAAUUAAAGGAUGGGAAGGCGAGGAAUUGAGUGUUCUUGGAGAUAUUAUUCAUGUUGGCGCUGUUAUACUUGUCUCUGGGGUUGAUAGAAGAGAUAGAUAUUUUGUAUUAUUUCCUGCAACUUUACUUGUUCUUAGUACUAGUCCUAGAAUGAGCUCGUUCGUGUAUGAGGGAAAACUUCCUUUGACUGGAAUUAACAUAGUUGCAGUUGAACCAUCGGAUGAUAUAAAAAAUGCCUUCGAGAUAUCGGGUCCCAUGAUCGAGAGUAUAACAGUACUGUGUCCAAGCCGGGAGGAACGUCAGCACUGGAUCGAGUUAUUGAGUCAAGAUGAAGUGACAUCCCGAGGUGCAUCAUUAGCAACGCGUUCGCCAACGACAAGCAUAUCACACUUGAUCAGUCAGAACUCAAAGCUUCAGGCGGCAGGAGCAGAACACUCGUCGCCCCAAGGGAUUAAGACACCUUGGAGAGUUGCCUCACUCAGACCAGCACCACCGAUUUACGCGCUAAAAGCUUUGGGAAAAAUAGAGACUGACGGGUGCCGAUUGACCAAAAUUGGAAAUGAGCGGCAGUUUGAAGAGGAUGCAGCAAUUUUGAGGGUGAUAGAAGGUUACUGUUUGUCCGCUAAUGCCAGGUUCACGGUACACUCCGCUAUGAUGGAUUUCGACCCCCAUAAGGUAAACGAUAGAGCAUCGUUUAUACAUAGUAGAUUCGGAAAUUGGGAUACGUAUGAAGACAGGUACCUCGCGGACACUGUUAAAGCCUUGAAGAAUCAAAUGACAGAUCUGCAAUUGCAAGUGGCACAGUUGUGCAAGCAGCUCGAAGAAGAGCGAAAGUCACGUUUAUCGCUAGCAGCUACCGUCAAACGAAGCAUGGCCGUAAUCGAUGGCGCCGUGCCUUAGUCAGAUUUUUUAAAAAGGAAUGAACUAAUUAUAUCGAGAGUGUUACAAUAAGCGAUGCUCAGACCGUCGAAAGCCAAAGUUCAAAUAAUGUCGUGUUGCAAGGAGAAUUUUAUAAAAAUGCCUUAGCGUUGCAUUUUUUCAAAGGGAUAUAACGAGUACCUACUUUGUUUUUUAGAAGAAUAACAUUUUCGUUUUUUUUUACAUAAGUACACAGUCGAGUCUAGUAACUUUAGUAUUAUCACUUCUUAUGCUCAAGUCAAUUUUGGAUCAAUUUAUCGAAAAGCACAAUCAAGUUCACUGACACUUUUUCGAUUUACAAUUUACUUUUAAUUGAUAAUAACAAAUAAAAUAUAUGAGAAAAGAAAAUAAUGAUAGUUUCGAGACUCACAGGUACUGACUUGCAAGUAUUUUGAUAGUUAAAUAAUGAAAUUAAUAGCGAAACUAUCGCACAAUAAAUUACGAUACAAGAUAAUGAUUCAAUCGCAUUCCAAAAUUGUUAUUACAAAGUUAUAGUCAUUGUGCGCAAGUAUUUCAAUUGUUAUUAGGGUUAGAUUAUCUACCCUAACUUUUAAAAGUUGCACUCAAUUAGAGUCACUGCACUUCUGUAUGCAGUAAUAUGAAUCGGUCCUAUUGUUAGUUACUUACGGUUCUAGUAGAAUUUUUUUAUUUUUGUUUCUCAAAAUUGACUUCUGCGUUUUUACUUAUGUGCAAUCUUAAACCAGAAUAAGUAUUUGGUAACUGUUAGUUUUAAGAAAAUAUACUGUUGUAUGACUGUUUUGACAAAAUCUUUCGGGACUACAAUGCUUCCAACUUUUUAAUGUGUUGAUUUUAUAACACAAAAGCUCGAUUUUGUUUAACUGAAUGCAUUUGACGUGAUUAAAAAUAAAUUAUUACUUAUUUUUUUUAUUGGCAAAAAAUAAAUUUUAAUUGCAUUACAUAUAAUAAAACAAAAUAAAACGUAACUUACUGUCGAUCUAUCAAAGAAAUGGAUAAUUUUUUACUGUGUAAAUAAAAACAAAUUUCCUUUAUUUUGUAUUAAUUUUAUAUGACGAAAUAAAAUAAAUAAAUUAAGAAUUACUUCUGAUUAAACAUUUGUGAUUACGCUUUAUUUAUUGAAAGCUUAAUCAAGCUUUCUGAGAUGUUUCAUAGAACAAAUAAAAAUAUUCAA